AGGCUCAUUCUCAUUUGAACGCUGCUGCGAGACUGGCAGCUGUGAGUGCGGAGCGCGCGCGAUCGAGACAUUUAAACCGUCAGCAGAAACCGCGAUCGCAGAAUAACAAUAAACGGCCCAUCGCGUGUAUGCAAAUUGAUUUGCUGUGAAGAUGCAGGCGUAGAAAGCCAAAGUUCUUGAUGCAAAUCCGACCAAAUCGGCUCCAACGAAAUUCGAACUCCCCAAACAAGGACUCUUCCAAAAAUCGCGAAUCUCCGCGAAAGACGAGACAAGUAACGGGCGAAGAACCCACAAAAAUGUGCACCAGGAUGGGCCUGUCCUGGCUGGUGAUCCUGCUGGCGAUCGCCGUGACCACCGAGGGCUACAACAUCGACCUGCCCAGCUACGUGCGCUUCCGGCAGGCCACCAACUCCAUGUUCGGCUUCAGCAUCGCGAUGCACAAGUCCCGCACCAACUUCUACUCCAACCAGAACAAUUGCACCCUGAUUGUGGGUGCCCCGAAAUUGGACACUUCCCGCUAUCAACUGGGCGUGUCGGAGGCGGGAGCCGUGUUCAGAUGCAGCCUCAACGACGACGACUGCAAAUUUGUGAAAUUCGAUUCGAAAGGAAACAUUCGGAACUCGGAUCACGAGAUUGUGGACAGGAAGUCGAAUCAAUGGCUGGGAGCUACGGUGGCCACUGGUCGCAACAGUGACAUGGUUGUGGCUUGCGCACCGCGUUACGUCUACCACUCGAUGACACCAUCGAAGGCCUUCCGAAUCGACCCCGUGGGGACCUGUUUCACGACCCACGACUUUGAGAACUUCAACGAGGUCUCCCCCUGCCGUACAAACAACUACGGUUAUCAUCGCCAGGGCUCGUGUCAGGCCGGAUUUAGUGCAGCGAUCAACGGAAAUGGAUCGCGCUUGUUUAUCGGCGCACCUGGCAGUUGGUACUGGCAAGGACAAACCUACUCAAUACCGCCCGACGCCGAGUUUCCAUUUAAGCCGCCUUAUUAUCAGCCCUUCGGCACUGGAGGACAAGCCAGCUCACACGACGUGACCCGACCGGAGAACCAGGUGUUCUCCACGGGCGAAAGUCCCUCCGCCAACGACGACUCCUACUUGGGCUACUCGAUGAUCACCGGCGACUUCGACGGCGACCGCAACGAGGACGUGGCCAUCGGAAUGCCCCGGGGCGCCAACCUGGUCGGCAAGAUCGUGGUGAACAGCUGGAACAUGUCGAACAUAUUCAACAUCACGGGUCGCCAGAUCGGAGAGUACUUCGGUUACUCCCUGGCCACCAGCGACGUGGAUGGCGACGGCCUGGACGACUUGAUCAUCGGGGCGCCCUUGUACACCGAUCCGGACAACGUCGAGGGCAAGUACGACGUGGGCAGGGUGUACAUCCUGCUCCAGGGCGGACCCAACUUCCAGAAGCACUGGUACAUCGAGCACAUCCGCGACGGCUACCAGAGCAAGGGCCGGUUCGGCCUGGCCCUGACCACCCUGGGCGAUGUGAACGGCGAUGGCUACGGUGACUUUGCCGUGGGUGCUCCUUACGACGGACCCGAGGGUCGGGGUGUGGUCUACAUCUUCCACGGCUCUCCGCUGGGCCCGCUGGCGAAGCCCUCGCAGGUGAUCAAGUCGGAGCAGCUCGUGGAGGGGGCACCCUACCCUCGCACCUUUGGCUUCUCCCUCUCGGGCGGCGUGGACAUGGACGGCAAUACCUAUCCGGAUCUAGCCGUGGGCGCCUACAGCUCCGACCAGGCCUUCAUCUUCAAGGCUCGCCCCGUGGCCGCCGUGGAUGCCUCCACUAGCUUUGCCAGCUCCUCGAAGCUGAUCAGCCUGGACGACAGGUCCUGCCAGUUGCAAAGGGAUCACAAGCAGGUUCCCUGCAUGCUCCUGACCACCUGCUGGAGCUACACGGGUCGCUUCCUGCCCGGCCAGCUGGACUUUGACGUGUCCUGGCUGCUGGACGCCAAGAAGCUGCCCAAUCCCCGAAUGUUCUUCCUGCUCGACGAGGGCAAGAACAUCAGGAACCAGACCAUCCGGCUCAACUACAACCAGAAGUACUGCCUGAACGAGACUGUCUACCUCAUGGACAAGGUCCAGGACAAGCUCACCCCCCUGACCGUGGAGGCCCGCUACAAUUUGCGCAGCUACCAGCAAAACCUCAACCCCGUGGUCCGCAACAGGAGGCAAGCCCUGGAACCGGUGAUCGAUCAGAACCGGGACAUCGUUCUCACGGACGCCAUCAACAUCCAAAAGAACUGCGGGCCGGACAACAUCUGCGAGCCGGAUCUGAAGCUGGAAGUCAAAACCGUGGACAAGUAUCUGUUUGGCUCUCCGGAGCCCCUGGUCAUCGAAGUUCUCAUUUCCAACAACAACGAGGACGCCUUCGAGGCCGCCUUCUACAUGAUUACUCCGCCGGAUCUGCAGUUCCGAAAGCUGCAGCAACUGGGCGAGAAGAAGGAUGCACCCAUCACCUGCUCACCACCCACGCCGGAGAACAACCACACGCUCAAGUGCGACAUCGGCAAUCCCCUGGAGUCCGGAAAGAUUGUUCACUUCAAAAUCAGUCUAGUGCCCGAGGAAAAGUACGGAACUUCGUCCAGCUACGACUUCUACUGGGAGGCCAACUCCACGAACGUUGAGAAGGUCGGCUCCGACUUCGACAACAAGAUCCGGCAGAGCGUGGGCAUUUGGGUGGACACCGACCUGGACAUCAAGGGCACCUCUCUGCCGUCCUACCAACUGUACAAGGCCGACGAGUACAAUACCCUGGAGAACUCCACCAAGGAGGAAGAGAUCGGACCCCAGGUGGUCCACAUCUACGAGAUUCGCAACAACCGGCCCUCGAUCAUCGAGGAGGCGGAGGUCUUCAUCCACCUGCCCUACCAGACCAUCGUGGGCGAUCCUCUCAUGUACCUGCUAAACCAGCCGGAGACUAGCGGUCGAAUCCGGUGCGACGAAGUGGUGGCCAACGAGAACAAUCUGCUGCUGGACGAGAAGCUGCGCCGGAAGUCGUAUCUGCAGGCCCAGGGAGCCAUUUUUAAUGCUGAGGCUGCUGGCCAAUCGGGAGCAGCUGCAGCCGGCGGAGUGCUCUCCGGCGAUGAGGGUCACUUGCAGGUGUCCCAAGGAGGCGGUGGAUCUGGCCAGUCAGUGCUGUUGAGCAAAACCGAGCCGCAGAACCGUUUGACCCCGAAACAGGUGGCCGAGCUGGAGCGGGAGGAUGAAAUGGAGGUGCCCGGAGAUGCCUCUUUCGUGCAUCGAGAUCGUGCCAAUCAGGCUCAGGCUCAGGCCCAGGAGGAGCCCCGUGUUAAUCACAGUAGCUACACCACUUGGUCGGCGUCGACUUCGUCCUCCCCAACGUCGGGUGCGGGAGCUUCUGCCGCGGGUCACAGCACCCAGGGACACAUUCACAUGGCAGGGCCCACGAUCCAGCAGAACAUCAACUACCGCACCCCUCAACAGCAACAGCAGAUCGUGCUGGCGGGAGCCGGAUCCGGAGGACAUGCAGGCAGCUACCAGGACAAGUCGCAGUUCGGUGGCCGUCCUGGCAACUUCCAUGCCGGAACCCUGGACUUGGGAACCCUGAAUCGCGGCAAUGUGGACAACGAGCUCUAUAGGAGCCAGGGUGUUCAGUAUCCGUCCCAGAACCUUGGUCAGUUCCAGACUCAAAGCCAGGGACACAUCAAUGUGCAGCCCCCUAGACAGUACCAGAGCCAGAACUACCAGCAGCAGUACGGUGCUCCUGGCGGCUACCACGUGAGCUACUCCUCCGGCAGCAAGCCCUACUACGGACUGGAGAACGAGAACUUCUACGAUGAGAACAACCUGCAGAGGUCGCCCGUUCAGUGGAGCAGCUCCUCAAGCUCCUCGCAGCGUCGCUUCAAGAGAUCCCAGGACGAGGAUGAGGAUCAGGAGCCGCAGCAAAUCGAUCUGAACUCGCCGUGCAAGGCGGCCAGGUGCCAGAGCAUCCGCUGUGUGGUUAGUAAUCUGGGAACCGAUGACGGAGAUGCCGCCUUCGUGGCCAUCCGGGCACGCAUGGUGGCCAAAACGAUGGAGAAACUGGCCUCCAAUGUCCCCUUGAACGUGUCCACCCUGGCGGUGGCCAACAUCACCAAGCUGCCGUUCAUCGGGGCUCCCAAGGAUGCGAUCAUCAAGUCGCACGAGAUCUUCUACAAGGCGGAGCCGGAGCCCCAGCCCGUUCCGGAUGUGGUGCCUUUGUGGGUGGUCGUCCUGGCCGCCUGUGCUGGUGCCCUCAUCUUCCUGCUUCUCGUCCUGCUGCUCUACAAGUGCGGCUUCUUCAACCGCAACCGGCCCACGGACCACUCGCAGGAGCGACAGCCACUGCGGAACGGGUACCACGGCGACGAGCACCUGUAGAGUGUCCUGCGCGAGGACGAGGGAAACUGCAGCAGAAUAGCCGGAAUAUUAACAACAAAAACGAAACACUUCUAACAUCGCACUAAACCAAAAUGUACUAAAACAGGAAACAUCGAAACGAAUUGGUUCUCAGCUAAAAAAACUAAAAAAUGCCAAGACGAUGUCAAGUACGAGGGGUUCCUGGGGUCGAUCUCCUCUAGUAAGGACAGUCCAAGGACCCCAAAAAAUGUUGUGCUGCUAAAAGAAACCCGGAGACGGAAGUAUUUCCGGUUAGGAAAAAAAAAGAGAAAAGUUAGAAAAGAAAACAUUUAAACUUGCCUAGUCACGACAUGAAGAACUUUCUAAUGCGUAACGGUUUUUAUUUAUAAUCAUUUAUUUUUUGAUCACUUUUUAUUUUUCAAUUUUUGUGUUUGUUCUUUGCAAAAAUUUGUGGAAAGUUGGAAAGAGAAAAGUGCUAUAUUAAUCUGUACUAAAGAAUCAAUCGGGGCAGUUGAGAGAACACUAAGCUAAGGGAGUGAUUGAAAGCCUGACUGAUGAAAGUGGAUUGUAUGAAUGAGCGAUUGAGCGAUUGAUGCGAGUGAUAGCCUUUAUUGAAAUUUGAAAAUAUCGAAACGAAGACGAUUGUGUCCAAGUUCUGGGCUCCCUGGAGAUGCUGUACUCCCGAUACUGCCACGCCCCUUUUCGAGGCAGCAUCCCGGGGGCCAUGGGGGGAAGAAAGAGAAACAACACUUAAUAGGUGCUACUCUAGAAUUUUUUUUUUUGUUUUUUAAACACUAGUAAUCGAAAAUAUUGAAAACUAGCGUCUAUAUGUCUUUUAAAAAUCUUAGGCGUUUUCUUUUUUUGUGAAAAAUUGUUUGCCAAACUCAAAGUUUGCCGGCUUAAAGAAAUGUUACAACGCCAAAAUGUGUUAAAAAAUGCGAAACAAAUUAUAAAAGAAAAACGAAAACAUAAAAAAAAAUAUUAUUGAUUAAUCUUUGUAAUUUUCUAAUGUAAACUCUUUGUGUAAAUACUAAACAAACAAAAAAAAGGAAGAACAGUUGAAUCGUUAUAAUUACUUAAAAUAAUAUUGCAUUUAUUUCCAAACUACAGUGGGAGAAGUGCUGACCGACUUCUUGCAGUGUACUCUCGAAAUAAACCUAAGCUAUGAUUUUUUUUGUCUGUACUACGUAAACCUUAUACUAAAAAUUAGUUUCGCCCGCUGCUCACAGUUAGUUUAGUUCAAUUAUGCUACUGUUUAAUUUAUUAACUGUACUUAUUAAUGCAUGUCAUGAAUAAUGAUUGAAUACCUUUGUUUUCGCUAAUUUCUGUAUUAAAUUUAAUUUUUACCAUAAAAAUACAAAUAAAAAUGACGGUCGAGUUGUAAAA